CGCUCAGUUGCAGUUGCAAGCAAAGAUGGCGGAGUCGACAGAACUUUUCUCCCAGCUUGUUGUGUUCUUGCUGUUCGUCUCGUUCUUGCAGUUCGUGGCAGGCCUAGUUUUGGCGCAGAUUUUCGGCAAAGCAGUUUCCAGAGUGGACAAAUGGGUGCUGGUGUGGCUGUUCUAUGACGCUAUCGUCCAUUUUACCUUCGAGGGACCAUUCGUAUACUUCUCACUUGUUGGAACUGUGGCGAAAUCAGACAGCCUGUUGACGGAAGUGUGGAAGGAGUAUGGUAAAGCAGACUCCCGCUGGCUGCACUCUGACCCCACCAUCGUGUCUCUGGAGAUCCUGACAGUUGUGUUAGAUGGACUUCUGUGUCUGGUGGCCGUGUACGCCAUCUGUAAGGACAAACAUUACAGGCACUUUGUCCAGAUUACUCUGUGUGUCUGCGAGCUAUAUGGAGGUUGGAUGACGUUCUGCCCUGAGUGGUUGACAGGCAGCCCCAGUCUGGACACCAGUAACUUCCUGUACCUGUGGAUCUACCUGGUGUUCUUCAAUGGACUGUGGGUGGUGGUGCCUGGCUUACUGAUGCUGCAGUCCUGGGGGGAGCUCAGGGACUUACACAGGGCACAGAAAACAAACAAACGGAAGUAGAUAGUCGCAGUGGGGUCAGAGGGCACGAACCUGUAAUGUCACUUAAUUGGCCAACAACACUGGGUCUGUUAGCCUUCUUGAAAAAUUUGUUUGUUGUCAUCAAGGACACUGUAUUGAAGUGCUCAUUGCCUGAUGCCUGGAUGUAUUAUGGUGAAUUUGUGUUUGACAAUAGUGUGGCCACUUGGCAUGUGUGCAAA